AUGGCAUCUCGGACUCCGAUGGAGGAUGCCAUUCGAGAAAAGAUCACUGCUUCCCUGCAGCCUUCGCGCCUUGAGAUACACAACGACUCCCACCUUCAUGCGCACCACAAGGCUAUGAGGGGGAGCACGUCCCAAGAAACGCAUUUCCGACUGGUCAUCACCUCCGAGUCCUUCAAGUCCAAGAUGCAUCCCGCGAGACACCGGAUGAUAUACGCACUCCUCAAGGACGAGAUGGCACAGGCAGACGGCAUUCAUGCGCUGCAGCUUCGCACGAUGACACCCGAGGAGGAGGUGAGGCAAAAGGAAAAGGAGUCUGCACAAUAA